CAAUACGGGAUUUAGAGCAGCAGUAACAAGUGUCGUGUUUUAGAUCAAGUGCCUUCUGUGGACCGAAGCCUUUGGCUACGUUCAUGUUCGUUGCCGCGGUAGCUUAAAAAAAGCCAGCGUGACUUCUAAGCAUACAGGGGAAUUUAAGAAGCUUUAGUGUUACAAUAAACCAAGGGGAUUGCGAUCACUCUGUUACCGCCAUAGCAGGAAGGUGGUGCUGAUUUCAAGGUUAUGGCUAUUCCGCAUUACGGUAGACAUCACUUCACACGAAUGCUUGCGUGUAUAACGUUUCUACAUAUGGCAUACAGUGAGGAAGAAGACCGAAGGCCCUUUUUUAUCAUAGGUCAUAUGGCCAACUCCCUAUCAGACGCAGACAUGCUCAUGACGAAAGGUGCCAACUCACUCGAGGUGGACGUUCGGUUCACAAGCAAUGGAACAGCGAGCCGAGUCUACCAUGGAUUUCCCUGUGACUGCUUGCGCAAGUGCGAUGGCGAGACACCCUUCACGGAAUACUUGGACUACAUCCGUGGAGUGAGCAGCGUUGAUGGGGCGAAGUACAAGGACAAACUCCUGUUCCUCUUUCUUGAUUUGAAGACAUCUGACAUUUCUGAAAACCAGAAGUAUGACGCUGGCAUUGACAUCGCUACAAAGCUUCUUCGACAUCUGUGGGUAAAUGUUUCAGACACCAGCGCUCUGAAUGUCCUGCUGUACGUGAGCAGCACUGAUGACAGCGAACUCUUUCGUGGGGCCUUAGACACAUUGUCCAAUCUGGAGGAGGCCGAGCACUGGAUCGAACUAGUUGGGUUUGACUUUGGCACGUACCGACACCCGGAGGACAUUAGUGAAGCAUUCGCCCAGCUUGAUAUCAGUGGCCACCGCUGGCAAGGCGGCGGAAUUACCAACUGCCUCGUGGAUUUCCUGGGGAACUUCCAGCUGCCGGAAAUCGUGGCGAACCGCGACGGUAAUGGCUACGUUGACAAAGCUUACGCGUGGACAGUUGACGACAAUCCAACUAUCACACGCUUCAUAAAGCUUGGCAUCGAUGGAAUGAUCACAAACAGACCGGACAACGUGCUCAAGGUCAUCAACAAUAGCGACAUCGCCCCGCUUGUGCGACCGGCUGGACCAGAAGACAGUCCGUGGAAUCGCAUACCAGCAGAAUAAUAGGCUGCAUAGAAAUAAUAUUGUGAUGAACUGCACUGUAUUGCACUUUAUGUCAGCGUCUAACCACAUAUAUCCCCGGGAACAUGUGCUCUAUUUAGUCUGUUAUGGUAUCACCCACUAUCGACAGGAACUUUCAUGAUCUUUUGUAGCCGCAGAAACAUUUUACGUUAAAGGGCAACCUUAACGAUUUCUUACUAUGACACUGUGUUUUUACAACGACAAUUUAAUGUUCCUCGGAUCCUGCUGCUAAGGGUAUAAUAGUAAAAUAGGUCGGAAAAAUCGAAAGGAAUUUUAAAGAAUUUGAUGGUCCUCGGAUCCUCCUGCCCAGCAUAUAAUAGUAAAAUUGGACAGAAAAAUCGAAACAAAUUUAAAACACACAAGAAAAAUGUAACCAUUAAACAAAAACCUGUCCAAACAGUCCAGCGAACACCCCUGGUGUGACGUGCAUAGUGACACGCUAGAGGGCAGAAACGCAAGGCAUGCUGGUCUCAGCAGCAAGGGCGACGAAACCGGCGAAGUAGGCGGAGAGCUAUCAGACGCUCAGCUAACUCGUCACACGCCGGGCCAUUGGCGUCAUGCCGUCAGAACUGUAAAACAGUGGCAGCUGGGAUACCGACUAACUCAAAAAAUCACCGCCACUUCCACUCCGUGAAGAUGGUCGAACAGCGAAGUUGUGUUAGUUACACCUAGUGUUACAUGUGCAUGUGUU